CUCACAGCGGCGGCAGGUGGGAGCUUGGAUGUUGAUAUCAACAUGGCGCUUGCCCGACAGACAAAGACAGUCAGGCUGGUGUGAUUGAGCCAAAAAAAAAAAAAAAAAAAAAAAAAAAAAAAAAAGCAGGGGGGAGGGGGGAAUUUCUCUUGGGGGAGUCGGGGCGGGGGCAUCGGAAGCUGCGGGAUUUUCACCCCCCACUGCUCUCCUCCCUCUGCACCCCCAUUAUUCUCCCCCUCACACUGGGACUGGGGAUCCCCCCCCCCCCGGUGCUGUUAAAUGGUGAGGUGGAGAAGUGACCAGAUCCAGAGAAUGGUAAAUAACACUGAAGACCCCUGCGAGGCUUUCUGACUUGCCCUCCUCAUGUAAAGUAUGCUCAGAACCUUUCCAGUAGUUCUGCUGGAAACCAUGUCUCACUACACAGAUGAACCCAGAUUUACUAUAGAGCAGAUAGACCUGCUUCAGCGCCUGAGACGUACUGGAAUGACCAGACACGAAAUCCUCCACGCCUUGGAAACCUUGGACCGUCUCGAUCAAGAGCAUAGUGACAAGUUUGGAAGAAGGUCUAGCUAUGGAGGUGGUUCCUACGGCAACAGUACCAACAAUAUCCCAGCAUCUUCCUCUACAGCCACAGCUUCUACGCAGACCCAGCAUUCUGGGAUGUCCCCAUCGCCUAGCAACAGUUACGACACCUCCCCACAGCCUUGCACUACUAAUCAGAACGGGAGGGAGAGUAACGAGAGGUUGUCGGCUUUCAAUGGGAAGAUGUCACCCACACGCUAUCCACUUGCAAACAGCUUGGCUCAAAGAUCGUACAGUUUUGAAGCUUCUGAAGAGGACUUGGACGUAGAUGACAAAGUGGAAGAACUGAUGAGGAGGGACAGCAGCGUGAUAAAGGAGGAAAUCAAAGCCUUUCUUGCCAAUCGGAGGAUUUCUCAAGCAGUUGUUGCACAGGUAACAGGUAUCAGCCAGAGUCGGAUCUCUCACUGGCUGUUGCAGCAGGGGUCAGACCUGAGUGAACAAAAGAAAAGGGCAUUUUACAGAUGGUACCAGCUUGAGAAGACAAACCCUGGGGCUACGUUAAGUAUGAGACCUGCUCCAAUCCCAGUAGAAGAGCCAGAAUGGAGACAGACGCCUCCCCCAGUCACAGCUACCUCUGGGACCUUCAGACUACGGCGAGGCAGUCGGUUCACAUGGAGAAAGGAGUGCCUGGCAGUUAUGGAAAGUUACUUCAAUGAGAAUCAAUAUCCUGAUGAGGCAAAGAGAGAAGAAAUUGCAAAUGCCUGUAAUGCAGUUAUACAAAAGCCAGGCAAAAAGUUGUCCGAUUUGGAACGAGUUACCUCCCUUAAAGUGUACAACUGGUUUGCCAACAGAAGAAAGGAAAUCAAGAGAAGAGCCAAUAUCGCAGCAAUCCUGGAGAGCCAUGGCAUAGAUGUACAGAGUCCAGGAGGCCAUUCCAAUAGCGAUGACGUCGAUGGGAAUGACUAUUCAGAGCAGGACACUUGGCAAGUACGCAAUGGGGAGGAGGAGGGAAGAUGUUCAGAGGGAGGCAGAGAAGCAGAGAAGGUAGAAGAAGACAGGAGGAUCUGCUCCAAACAAGAUGACAGCACUAGCCAUAGUGACCACCAAGAUCCCAUUUCAUUAGCCGUGGAAAUGGCAGCAGUAAACCACACCAUCUUGGCAUUGGCCCGGCAAGGAACCAACGAAAUCAAGACAGAGGCCCUAGACGACGACUGAUACAAAGAAGGGGGAGGGUCAAAACAAGAAGUAACUUAGUUUUAGACGUAGCACCUUAGCAGACUUUCCUCGGUCCUUAAUAUGUGUUCUUCUUACAGUAUAACUUUGCAGUUUCUUGUACGUCAGUUAGCUGUUAGGGUCUUGUUCUGUGAAGAUGGCAUGGUGCCCUCAGCCUUUGCAUAUACUCUCUCAGUAUUAAUUCCCAGUAAAUAAUCAGUCAACCAACCAACCUCCCUCUCCCAGCCCCAGUGGCUCGAAAAUCUUGCUGCUUUGUCUUAGCAUUCCAAGAAAGUGCUUCCAGGUAUUUUAGAGAGCCCUCAGUUCCAAGUCUUAGGCUACAUGUCAAAUCUUGGAUACCCUUAGACAGCAUGUAAAACUAGUCUGUACGCUUUUCCUUCUCCAAGACUGAAAGGAUGGAAGCUGAGGUAGAGGCUCAGGGUCGAUGGACACCAUAUUGGGAGUAUCAACAGAGAGUAAAAAGAACACUAGAAACCCCACUUCAGCAUGGGAAUAAGUGAUUUCCAGCUGCAAUAAGCCGUGCCUCACUGGUCACACAGUGACUUGAUAUACUUCUUUUGGGUACUGCGCUGAGCAUGUCCACGGGAAACAUAUUCACACAUUUUGGUUGAUGCUCACAUAUUCAACACAGACAUCCUCUACUCUCACAAGCUGCAUGGCUUAGUGGAUAAAAUACUGCCUUCUGCCUCUGGGACCAUGAUAGAAGCCCAGCCUGGGAUCACAUGAAAAAUGAGCUGAAUGUCUAAUGGAUGGCAGUCCACUUCUCAAAACCACUAUUCAUUAUUUGGCACAUCUAGCAGUGCCUGCUCCGAAGAGGUCUAGACUCUAUCGAUCUGUCAUAGAAGUUGCGUUACCUUUUGUUCUUCCUCUCACCUUUCCCCCUCCAGCCCCUCUCAAAAGCAAUGUUUUCAAAAAAAGGGAUUAAGAUACUAAAUGGGUGAGUUUGUACAAGUCUGUGUAACUACUGCCUGCAAUCCCAACAGGCCUGAAAGGUUAUUGAAGGACUUUGGUAUCUAGUUUCUGCUAGUUAUCAACAUGGCAUAAAUAUUCACCCAAAUAUGAACAUUUCUUAAAAGGCAGGAAGAUCUCCUCCUUGAGAUAUAGGGUGUAACGCUUUUGUGUUCUCUUUACUCUGUCCUUGUUAAGGUGUGAGAAAGCUAUACUGCUAAGACAAUUUAAUUAAUAAUGGGAAGCCAUAUUGAUAAUGGAUGUGGUAAUAUUUGUAAAGCAAACCUACUUUAAGUAGCAGAAACUAACGGAAUUGUUUUUCCUUGAUCAUAUGUAGCACUUUUGUUACUUUUUUCUUAAAGAUAUUUAUAUUUGAUAAAUCUUUUUUUUAUCAUUUGAGAAUUCAAAAUACCAAACGACAAACUUGCAUUACAGAGUCACCCUGUGAUCACCUUGUCAUCUAGUAUCUAAAUGAUGAACUGUGUAUGCAUCUAAGAAAAUUACAUCUGCUGGCAUUGUGUGGAAGUGAUCUCAUGGCAUCCUGAUAAAAGUGAUAUGUCGCUGCCGGUAAGAGGAAACUGUUCCUUGGAAGUAGCACGGGAUGCGUUAGAGACGGUCUAGGCUGCAUUAUAUCUUUGAAAAAAUGAAUACAUUUACAUAGCAUUGCCGUGGCAUUCCAUUUUAUCCUCCCUGCUAUAUGGAAAUAGUUUAAGAGGGAAGAUGGCUUUGUUUUGAAGCGUGGCUUUCCUUUGUCUUUUGUUCAUUUUUAAAGGUGAAGGGAAGUUACUAUGACUUGUUUAGUUUUUAUUCCUUCCCAUCUCCUCCUCAUCCCCCAGCUUUGCAAGAUGGUUGCAACUUGAAACCCUCAGAUAUAAUUGCAAGCACUUAGAAAAAGAAAGAAAGAAAAAAAGAUGAAAUUGUGGCACAUCAGCAGGGUUUUAGCCAGCCUUAAACCCCCUGAAGGUAAAGACUAACUAGAUCAUCUUUCAGAGUAGCAGCCGUGUUAGUCUGUAUUCGCAAAAAGAAAAGGAGGACUUGUGGCACCUUAGAGACUAACCAAUUUAAGCUUAUGCUCAAAUAAAUUGGUUAGUCUCUAAGGUGCCACAAGUCCUCCUUUUCUUUUUAGAUCAUCUUUAUGUCUGCUAAUCUUGUGAAAGCUGUUUAGGUAGAUGUGGGGGAGUUGGCACCUCUUUGUCCCUGUGACUUUGAAGAUAUAUAGGCAGGGCUUGGUCCAGUCGUUUAUUUAUGGAUUUCAUUGGAAAAUAUAUGUGCUUUCUUUAGCAGUAGAUCACUGAAGCAGAAUGGAGCUGUCUUUUUCUGUUUUAUUGUAUUUCUUGAGUAGGCGAAUUCAUGAAUAGUGUCAGAAUAGACUCAGGAAAGAAUGAAAUUGUUUCAGUCAUCAUUGCAGGGUUCUUUCUUUGUGUGUGUGUGUGUAUGAAUCUUUCGGUACUAGCGAGCAAGAGCGGGGGAGGGGUGUGUUUUUGCGCCGCAGGAUGAUCCAGCAAACUAGCUUCAGUGGAAUUUUACCUACUUAUUCAUACUACAGUCAUACACAGAGCUGACAAGAAACCACCACAAUUUAUUGCAAGGAGAUUUUAAUAAUCUAUGGCCUCUUUAUGCUGAUAUUUCCACCAGGGUUUGUUCUAGCUGUUGCAUUUUAAAGAAUCAAAUCAAACUGAUAGCUGCACUUACAAAAUAAAGAUUGCUUACAUUUUACCUUUAAAAAUUCAUUGUUUAAAACAAACAUCUAUUUAGAGAAUUAAGGAAGAAUAACACCAAUACAGUAAAGGCCAGAUCCUGACCUCUGCUGCACUGGUGUAAAUUUGAAAUAACUCCACUAAAAAUAAUGGAUUUACACCACUGUAUAGAAGAGAAUCUGGCCUUCACUCUGUCUAGCACCGUCUUGCAGCUCCUGUGUCUCAUAACGCAUCAAAAAGAAUAAGCAGAUGAACAACUUGUGUAUCAUUAGAGAUCAGUGGGUCUUCCAUCCUAAAUUGCAGCUUGCCGGUAAACAGCAGUCUUCCCCGCACCAGAGGAAAAGCAUAGGCUGAUUCAGUAGGUAAGAAAUGCCUUCGGUGAGCCAGGUGCAACAUAGUUCUGUUUAUCUCCCUUCAUCUGCAUUCUGUUUGGUCUCUGUGCAGCCCCCAGAAGAUAUGAUCAAGGAAUAUGACCUUAGCCAUCCUCAAUAUCCCGGUGACACUGAGCUCUCUAGCUCCCUCUGUAGCCCGCUGUGGACUGUUUCUUGAUUGACAGACACUUGUUUUGAUGAGGGGUAGCCGGUCUAGGCUCUCAUUAGAUAACUGUUGGGUACUGCGUUGAGGGAAACCUUUCAAGACACUUUGGAAUGGCUUCUGCAGCCUUGUCGUUCAGGGCGAGGACAAUGCUGGUGAGACAGCCCUGGAAAUUAAGCUUUGUUCUGGGUCGCUCCCUCAACAAGCUGAGACAGUCCUUCUGAGGCUAUUUCCAUCUCUGCAUUUUCUGUCAAAUCAGGCUUUUCUCUGCAGUGCUGCAGUUCAAACCUUGUUAUUGACAUUCAUACCUUCAUCACCUCCAGGCUAAAUUAUUGUGCAGCACUCCCACUUGGGUUCUGCUUGAAAUUGAUCUGAAAGCUGAAUUGGUUACACAAUGGUUACUGACUCUUUCCAUGGAUACAGUUUAAAGAAUCUAUGAUUCCUUCCUUCCACGUUGCUGUUACACCAACAGAUUCAAUCCAGAUCGUCAUCUCAUGGCUCAUAAUACUUUACCCAACAUUUUUUGCCAUCCUCCAGAGCAGGAGAGGUUGUCUAGGUUGUCCUUGCUAUCUAUUCCUAGAUACUAUUUGAGCGUGUGGGAGUGCAGUGCAGUACAGGACUCCGUCCAUGGAGGUCCCUUCUCUGAGGACAUUCCCCAGAGUUUUCCUGUGGCUGGCUCCUGACUCUGCAUCAGGCCUUUCUCCUCUGAUUUGUUCAUCUUUGGCUAUUUCAUUGCUCCACUUUUCUUUAACUCCCCUUUUUCUUUUUUCUUUGCUCAUGUAGUUUGGGCAGAGUCUUUUCCUGGACUAUUAUGUGUGAUAUAUUCAUUUAAAUUUGGUACCGAUGUCCAGAUAUUUUGCAAAGGAUGCCGUAGACAGUAAGUUAACACAGCCGCAGACAGCAUUUUUCUUUGAUGCCUUUGUGAUGCAGAGACAUCUUCUAAGUACUUGGAGGUGUUGUUACAAAGGUUUCACUGCUCCAAUAAAUGUGUUCUUACCAAAAAGGGAGUUUCUAACUUUGACCCGUGUUUUCCAGCGAUGCUGUGUUGACCUAUCAUGAUUGUGAGUGGCGUUUGUUUUUUUUAUUUUCACCUACUUAAAAUAUUCUCCUAUAAGAGCUGGGCCUUGUCUGCAAAGUCUGGAUCCAGCUUUUCAAAGCUGUGGGGUAUUUGGAUUAAUAGUUUUGGUUCAGACCCAUGUGUAAUAUAAAUUGCAGUAGUGACCUAUAAUGCUUAUAUGAGUCUUCCUUGAAUUUCUCAAUAACUCUAUUUUGUUCCAUUGACUAUAGUGGAGUUUAAUGGAUCAGUGUUUUCAUAACACCCAGGCUAUCUAUGUAGGUGGAUGAACAGUUCUGGGAAGGGUUUUAGCAUACAUUGACUGGACUUUCUACCAUCUCGCUAUUGUGGCUGGGAAUCUUUUAGGUUUGGCAUAGCUAAUGAGAUUAUCUAUAAGUAUCACUUUCAUAUGCAGGCUGGCAAGAUUUUUGCUAUUUUACUUCUCGUGUAAAGCUAGUAAAAUCAUAGGAUAUGUCUACACUGCAACGUAAACUCAGGCUUCAAAUUCAGGCUCAAGCCUUGCCCUCCUUCCGUCUACACAUAAAUCACUCUAAUCCAGAGUUCGGACCCAGGGCCCUAUGGUGGCGGAGGGUCCGAGCCUGAGUCAAGCUGGGACAGAGGGGGUCAAGCCUGAUUGCUUUGCAGUGUAGCUGUAGUCCCACUGGACUCAUGCUCCGGGAGUCUGACAAAAGUAUCCCACAAUCCCACAGGCCAACUUUCUUUGUCCUCUGGACAGUCAAGUUUGGUGAACAAUCAUGUUUUCCCACACUGCACCCAAACAAAGGACUAGAGCGGGCACGUUCAGUAGGAAGUCUGGGAUAUGGGUGGUUGGACUGUGGCCCACAUCAUACAGUGUAGACACUGAAGCGCCAGGUUGGGACCCAGGGUUCAACAAUUCCUAAUCUGGGGUUACAAAUGAGCAUAGAUGCUCAAACCCUAGCCCUGAGUUUACAUUGCAGUGUAGGCAUACUCCCAGUAGUGUGGCAGUCUCAUAGAAGUAGAAUGGCACCUGAUCAGCUCAUAUCGGAACUGGUCGAAAUCUUUUUGUCUUGCUGCCUUAAAGGGACAUCAACAAGAUUUCACUAAGAUUUUCAGCUUCCCUGUUAAAGUACUUUUCUAUCAUUACGCUGGCUUACCUCAUGCAAUCUAAUUAGUUUUGUCACACAGAGCUAUCCGGUAAUUGCAGCAGGAUUCCACUGGCUGGCUGGGGUACAGUCUCAGAAUCCUAGAAAUCUAGGGCUGGAAGGGAUCUUUAGAAUCCCUUGCCCCAUACGGAGGCAGUACCAAGUAUACCUCAACCACCCCAAAAGGUGUUUGUCUCACCUGUUUUUAAAAACCUCCAGUGACUGAGAUUCCACAGCUCCCUUGGUAACCUGGUCCAGUACAUAACUAUCUUUACAGCCGGAAAGAUUUUCCUAAUAUCUAACCUAACUCUCCCUUGCUACAGAUUAAGCCUAUUACUUCUUGUCCUACCUUCAGUGGACAUAGAGAACCUUGAAGACUGUUUUCCGGUCCCCACUCAGAUGACUUUUCUCAUGACUAGAUGGGCACAUUUUUAAAAUCUUUCCUCAUAGAUCAGGUUUUCCGAACCUCUUAUUGUUUUUGUUGCUCUGUUCUAGACUCUCUCCAGUUUGUCCACAUCAUUCUUAAAGCAUCUUUUAUUAUACACAUGGGUCAGACUUGCAAAAUUAGUGUGUGGAUUUUGAAUGCAUCUAAUAACAACACUGCCCCAACUAUUUAAUCCAGGAUUUUGAUUCACAUUGUAGCUUGAAUUGAGAUCCAAAUGUAGAUUCCCAUCUUCCUCCCUGAGGUUCAUAAGUAUUUGUGUCCAAGAUAUGGUUUGAGUCUCUGAAGUUAUAUGAGGUUUGGACCCCAGGAACUGGUCACUAUGAUGGUGUUUGCCCUUGUGGGUUUUGAAUGGAGGAAAAUGCUCCAUCUAAUUUCCUCAAAUCAGUUCAUUUCUGAUGGUUGUGAUGUUUGCUAGAAUGUACGUUUCUUCCUAACCAGGACAUUGUGAAUUUAGUAUUGCUUUCUGUUCAUCAGCUAAGUAAUUUAUCUCUUACUCUUUACGUCACAGUUUGUUGGAUUAUGACCAAGAAACUUUGGGUUUCUCAUCAGAAGAAACUCCCUUGCUCUUAUUUAGUAAAGGGCUUCAUGUCCCAGUAGCUGUUGCACUCUUCAAUGCAAUUUUUUUUCAUUAACAAUAUUAUUUGCUUAACACAUUUUUAGGUAAUAAUUUUUUGAUUUGGUUUAGCAAUUUUGCUCUUGACGUGGGUCUUUGUUGGCAGGUUGUAUCUUGAAAAAUGAGUUAUAUGUCACAACCAAAAUGUAUUCAUUGUUGUGGGUAUAGGACUUUUUCUGUUUUUUAAUGCCCUCCUGCUGAAUUCAUUGGGGUGCAUAGACAUCAGCUAACUUUUGCAGUUUUACUGAGCCAAGACAUACUCCUCAUCAUUCCCUUGAAUGGAAGGCGAGUGCACUGAUCAGGAGAACUAAGGAGCUGGAUUGCUGAGCAAUUUCCAAAUAAAGCAUUCCUUUCUGGGCUUUUCUUAAUAGCUGGGAUAUUUACUCAGGAUUUUGAAUCAGUUGUUGGCCAACACAAAUUUGGCAGACUGAAAAGCAUGGCCAGAAACCCCUGUCUCUUAGUUUCAUUUAGCAAUGUCUAAUUGACAGUAGCUAAAUUGUCCAAUUAAAGAUAUUCCAUGUUAAAGAAAAAAGAGGUGGCAGCUACAAAUUAGAAUUUCAAAGAAACAAAAUUUAUUUUUCUCUCUUGAGAGAAGUGCAUUAGAGGACUGUGUUUGGUCAUCUAAGGACUUAAAGCAGAUGAGACAGUGUUUUAUGUGUGGUGUUCUACACAGCAAAAAAGGUAUUAUCAAUGGGGUUAUAGUCCUUAAGCAUCUUCUCUGUCAUCCGCUUGUGUGGAAAUGCAUGUCAUACUCUAGUUUGUGUUAAUGAGGAAAAAACCCCAAAUAUAUUUGGUUUCUUCAGGAUUUCUCUUACCCAGUCUAACUAGGAUGUUCUUAAAGUGCUCAUUGCUACAGUAUCGAAGGGCUAAAUCAUACUGACAAAUUGAGAAGUGGGUUUAGAGAGAAAUAUGCCUAUUCACUUUUGUGCCCCUUUUCAAGAUUGGCCAUUGAGUUGUUUUCAUCAGUCUGAACAAUAACAAUCCAUGGAUAAUACACAGCUUUUCUCUUUGCCGUUCUUUCCAGUAAUCAUUGAAGCACUCAGGCCAGGAGUUUAGAUGCUACAAGUGGGUGUGAGUGCGUUAAUGCCAUUGAGCCAUAGUGAGCUGUAUAAUGGAUCUUUGAUGUUUGUGUACUUAUAGUACAUCUCUUACUCAGAUGAUCUGGCAAAAUGCUCUGUCUUCCAUUUUCAUUCUCUGUCUUUUUAAUGUAAGCCGGUGUGCUCUGUUGUAAUUCACUCUCCAGUUCAUACUGAUGUGUUGUGAUCUGAUGAAGGUUCUGCUCAGUCUUUUCAAACUGUAGCCAUGGUAAUUGGGUGGGUAGAAUGAAUACAUAAAAGUGUAAUGGCAGUUUUGAAUGACUGGGUGUCCUCCUGACAUGUAAUUAGCUGCUUCAGGAAGAUGUAGAUUGGCAUAGUUGUAAUUAAAAGGAUUUCUGUCCUUUUAUGUGAUUGAAAACAGCAGAUCUUCCAUUCCCUAAUUUCCCUUAGUACCAAUGCACUCAACAAUGUUUGGAACAGCUACUUAGUAAACUAAAAUAAUGACCUGUUCCUUAUAAUGCUGGACAAAACUGGGAUUAGGUUUCUACGCAAAGCUUUUUUCUCUUUCUUUUAUCCUGGCCAUAUCUGUAUAGCGUCUCAUUGGGUUGCAAAAAAAAAAAAAAAAAUGCAUGCAAUGGCUUAAUUAUUUUCCAUUUUCUGAAUGAAGGGUCACUAGAAACCCAGAGAACCCAGUUUAUUUCACACCUUAAUACUGGCAUUGCUUUCAUCCUGAAUCUGUCCUUGGAAUAUACUGCUUGUAUUGUUGUUGUCCAACCCCUGGACCAGACAGUAUAAUUAGCUCUUAGAUGCUCUCAAGUAAUCUCGUUGUAUUAUCUCAUGCUGGGAAUGUUGUCAGCAGGUGUCAUCAAGUUUUGAGCUGCAUGUCACUUAGACUGCCUAUUGUGAGUGCUGUGGAGAAGUGAUAUGAGUUAGCUCACCUUAUACCUCAGAUAUCAAAAUAGAUCCUAAUGUCAAACAAGAACUCCGUUGUCCUCCACUUGCUGUUCUGCCAGGUAACAGAGCUGAAUAUAUAGUGGUGACCCAAGCUGCUGUUGAAGUCACUGCAUAAGUUCUCACUGGAUACUGUCAAACACCUAUCACAAGGCGUGACAAACACUCCCCCAUUGUGCUGUUUGGAGAUGAUGCAAGAGAAACAUUAUCUAGUGAUGGAUCUUGAGUACAGCUGCGCUGGGUCUAUGCUGCAUUUCCACCCCAGUAACAUUUCUUACCUUUUUUGUCACCAGAGCCACCCCUGGCAUUUCAAUCACAUUGGACCAGAUUUACAAAGGCACUUCAAGAUGCAGGCAGGCGUCUAGCGGGAUCCGCCUAAGACGCUUAGGCACUCUUGUAAAUCCCAGUCGAUACCUUUCUGUUUCCUUAGGUGCCUAAAUACCUUUGUAAGUCUGGCUCAUUGUCCAGUGCUGUUCAGAGCAGGUCUACCUGACCAGAUGGCUAAAAAUCUGUUUAUGCCAGUUCUCUCAACAUCACCAUCUCCAGCGAUGCUGUACUAGCAGCAGGAACGGCAGGAAAUUUUUUGGUGGGGAGUCAUAAUGUGUACACAACUUUAGGCAUUAAUUUUGCUGCUAUUGUUUGCUAGACUACCUAGAUUCUUUCCUGACUUGCCUGACUCAAGUCUUCCAUGUCAUGACAAGACACAAAAUGUAGCAUAAGUAACAUACAUUUGUAAUUAGUGUGUCUUUAAGAGGAUAACUUUGGCAUUCUGAUCUGUUUUGACAUCGUUCAAGAUUUUUUAAAAAUACAUUUACUCAUAAAGUUAUCCAUUGAAUCAUUCAAGCAGAGCAAAAGAGAUAAUGGAAAAUAAGUCAAUGACUAAUCUUCUGCAUCCAAUAUAUCCACAAGGCGUAUUUGACAUUGGUAAUGCUGAUUAUUUAAGUCUGCUGAUAAAGUUGCUGCUAUCAGUGUGACAGGACUAUAGCAAUGGGACUGUAAACGUCACUCCACUGCUAACCAGAGCCAGGGAUCUGGAAUAUCAGCUCAUCAAGGAGUUUUUCCUAAACCAGGGUGGGAGGCAUUGCCUUUGCAUGUUGUGACCACAUCUUUGAAAUCAACAUGGAAUCAGAUCUUCUUUAGCACAUUUUGAAUUACCUUCUUUUUAAGAUGUAUGUUUUCUCCAAGUGCAAAGUAGUGACAGGGUUGGUUUACAUAACAGAUAGCAAUGGAUGUAAUGGGCCAAAUUUCAAUGGAGCUGCUCUGGAUUUACUCUGGCAAAGUAAAAAUUUGGCCUGAUGUUGGGAAAGUCCAGCUACUUUGUAAGAGAGUAUUAAACCACUAAAAGAGAAGGGAAAAUGAUUGAAUUCUAUAUGCACUAAAUUUCCAUCUCCCUCAUCUUCAGAAGUGUGUGACAUGUACAAUCCAGUGUGGUUACUGGAGUUUUGUUGUUUCAGUAUAUUGUGAAAUCAAGUCUAGUUUUCUGUUUGGCAGCAAACCCAAGUUUUUUAACAUUGUUAGUCAAUAACCAUUUUUCUACAGCUUUAGUUUUGAUGCUUAGAUAAAGUAGUAAGUCUGGGGAAGAAUAACCCUAAAUGUAAUCUCCUUUUUAUUAGUUUGUAAACAGUCUCUCUCUGGUUCUCCAGAUCAUCUGUGUUUUUGUUUGUCUCUUGAUCCCUGUGCGUGUUGAUGACUCUUAACAAAAUAGGUCUUAAUACUGAUAGGUAUAGGGUGCCUAUUGCAAACUUCUGCCUGACCUGCUAAAUAAGAAUCCUGUAUCAUAGAUAUCAUAUUUAUGACUAAAAUAAUAUCAUCUAGACUUAGAAGUCACCUCUUCGAUCAUCUGGUCUAUCUGCUUGCAAGAGCAGGAUUGGGCCUGGAGUGCCAGGAAAGCUCCAGUGUGACACUAUCAAAUAUUUGAAGUUACGGGUAUGUUACACCUACUGCAGUCCUUCGGACAAAUUAAUUAGGCAUUUCUAGCACACAGUUAAAGUACUCAGGUUUGUCUGGUAUGAUUAGUUCUUUAUGUAAAUCAUGGUAGUCAUUGCUGGUGAUACUCAGUGUACAGGUAUUCUUUUUUAACUGUAUGUUAUAUUAUUUAACCUAUGUGGAUGGCAAACAUGCAGGAGAGGAGUGUUGUUGAUCAUCAUAUUGCUGUUUUGCCCACCAGUCCUCUUGAAUCUCCCUCACUUCUCCAUAACUUUACUAACUGCCUGCCUGCCUGCCCUUCUUUCUUUCUUUCUUUCUUUCUUCCUUUGUUUCUUUCUUUCUUUCUUUCGCAGUGAUGGUGGUAAGUUCAUUACAGAUUCCCAGGGGAUGCCUAUCUUGCAUAUUUGCUGAUUUCUGUAGACGUUCUGUUUUUCCAUGUAAUGCCAUCUUUCCCCAGAAUCUCUAUUCACAAGGCGUUCAUUGCUUCCUAACUUGUCCUGUGGCUUUCUGAUUUAAAAUGCCAUUUGAAAAAAGCAGGUCAGGAACUCAGUGAAAUGAUCUUUUAUAUCACUACCUUCAUUUAUUAAUGGGAGAGCAGUCUCUCUGGUCUUUUACCAUCUCCUGAUAUUUGUGGAAGCGUUGCUUACUUCGCUUAGCUUCUUGUGUUAGAAUUAACUUAUUGCUUGCUACAACCUUCCCCCCACCCCCGUAGUCUUACUCUCUUCUUAUUUGGUUCCUCCCUGCCUUCUCCAUUUCUGGUACGGGCACUGUAUUACACUCAGAUCUUUGAGCAGUAUAUCUAUUAGUCAGUUUUUUAUCUGUUUAAUAGUACUUCUGUCCAAGUCACCAUAUUGUUAGACUUUCCCUUAGGUUAUCAAAUGGUGCUGUAUCAGAUGCCUACUUGAAGUCCAGAUAUAUUGUCCAUGCUGAAGUAUAAAUAUGAAACACUUUGUAGAGUCAACCCUCUGAUCAUAAAAAGAAAACCAAAACACAUAAAUUCAGGCAGUUUACAGUAGUUCUUCACUAGUGACAUCCUGAAUGAAAUAACUCAGUGCUAAAUUUUGGACCACAGCUAAAGGCCACUUCCAGGGUAUUAUUUUCAUUUGGUUUUGUUCUCCUUUUCAUACCUGAAGCUUGAAACUCUUACACUAAUUACAGAUGUUUUUCUUGGUUUGCACACUGGUUUGCUAUUGCCCAUCCUUGUGAUGCCUGAGCUGUGAACAGGAUAAAAUAGAUCUGCAAAGCUUUGUCCACGAAGACUUGAUAGUGAUUCUGAUCCUUGCCUCUCCCAGAUUCUAGGUCUGUUGUCCAGCUUUGCAGUUGGAGUGGCUUUGGGGUUUUUGGAGGUUGGGGGGGGGGUAUGCUGAUUGAUAUAAGAUAUAAAAAUUACGUUCAAAUGUUUGGCUUCCCAACCUCGACUGUUAUCCAUUGAAGCUUCUCUUUAUUUCUUGGUUGAUGUUCAAAUUCCGGUACUGGAUUGUGAUUUACUCUUACCUGGAGAUUCUACCUGUUUCUAGUUUAUUUGAGAUCAGAGCUUAGCUUCAUUUUCUGAGAGUAGCAGGUUCCUGUUUCAUUGUUCUUUGGGCUGCAAACUGGACCAGCAGGAAUACCCUCACAUGCCUUUUAAAUCCAGCUGUCAUGUUAGCAGUGUCAUUGUGAAUUCUGUCAACAACAGACCCUCCUAGGUUGCUACUGAGAGGUUGGGGAGCACUCCCAAUGGAAGGGCUGAGCCCGCUGCCUGUAUCGUAGGCUGGGAGGCCGUGAAGCCUCGUUGGGAGUCACAUAUCGGGUUCCACGUGCCAGCAUGGCGGAAUAUCACAAGCCGAUGAACCAAUACAGGGACGGCUUUUACCUUAAAGCUGAUACUGGACUAACCAAUUUAAAGUAGGUUUAGUUUGAACAGUAGUUCUAGCUAAGCGUGACAAGUUCAAGUCAGUUGCAUGCCCGGGGGUGUUAUUUUCCUUGACAGAUUGCCUUGGCUGUCUCCUUCUGGACCUUUCUGAUCUUUUCAAGGCUCAUCAUGAGUGCCCAGUAAGUAUGAAAUGUGUGCAGUACCUUUUCUUGAGUGUCCAUUUAAAAAGUGCCUAAGUGAAUAACAGGACUCUUGAGAGAGCUGGAGGAAUAGGACUCGACCCCAUUUCCCUCCUGAGAAAGGCCCCUCCCUGCAGUCCUUCCACAUGCAAAACUCCCAUUGACUUCAGUGGGAAUCCAGAGCCUGGAAUAACUGCAGAAUCAGGCCAGAAAGAAAUCCUCAUUGCUUUUUCAUUUUGCCUUCCCCUCCUCCUUCCCCCGUUCUUAGAGAACUUCUUAGGAAUCUUCUGUUUCUCAAUCAAAUCUUUAUAAUCUCUGAUUUGGAAACAAAGAGCCAUGAGUAGAAUUAAGUUUCUGUUUCUAAAUUAUAGGAAACUGCCUCUAGGAUUCUGGAUACACGUGACGGUGUCUAUAUUGAUCACUCAUAUCUGGGUAACCAACCCUCUGAGAUCCUGGAUAGGAGUGACGAAAUGUACAUAUAGAAUCACCUCUCUGAAAAUCAUGGAGGCUGUUUCCUUCUGUGUUCUCAAUUAUGUCUAAGUUUAUAAUAGUGACAGCUGCUCAGCGUUUUAUCAAAAUCAUUUAACCGUUGACAGGUUGUUAUAAUUUUGUAAACAUCUCUGAGAAUUUUAUAUGGAUUUAAAAAAAAAAAGUAUCUGAAAUGCUGGUUUAAAAAAAAUCACAUGAAAGGAGACUUCUUAUUUUGUGUGACCAUACUAAAUACAAGUCUUAUAACAAAACCACAUGGUUCGGAUUUAUUGGUACCACUUAAGGAUUCAAAAAAUGGGAGUCAUCCAUGUGUAGAUGCUUUAUUUUUCAUUAAUCACACAAUUUAUUUUCACUCUGGCAAUUUAAUAAUGCCGAUGAGUUGGGAAGCUAUGGGCAAUUACUAUUGGCAAAGAUAGCGAUGAGUAGAUCUAAGCAGCAGAAGACAGACGAUUAACUUGUAGGAUCACAAUGGAUGUUGAUAAAGCCGUGAUCAAAGGGGAAUCUAUUGCGGUGGUACUAAUGAAAAUAAAGUAUUUGUGGAGUUAUAACACACAAAGACUGUUCGGCAUUGUACUGUCACCCUGAUGGCUAGAUGUCUUUUUUUUUUUUUUUUAAAACAGAUUGUCAAUCACCAUGACUGUAAUUGAAAAGAGGUAAAUGUAACCGUGAGUGUUGCAAACCUACAAGGGCGGGGGGGGGGGGGGAACCCAAUGGAACAGUAUCAGAGGAGGGAAAAAAAGUCUGUGUUUUUUUUCCUUUAGUUUGACUGGAUUUGAAUGUGCAAAAAACUAGCAAAGUGCAAGGGUAUUACCUUUUUCAUUUCAGAAUUCCCUGCCUCUUCAUUUUGUUCCAGUGUAACUUUGACUCGGGGGAGAGUGGAGUGUUAAAUCAACCUUGCAUCUGUGUUAAUGAAACGGCAAGCGAGCAUGACUGUUGUUGUAAUCAUGUGUGUGUUGGAUGGCUGGUAGUCACCUGCAGUUACUUCAUGUGUCCACCAAAUGCAUAAGAUGAGCUACUUCCUUUCUUUGCUGGUCAGUAUAAGCCCGCCGACAAGUUUCUUUUGUGUGUGUGUUUCUCUGUUAAUUUCUAGAACCCUUCAUCUCUCACUAGUGUAUUCCCCGGGUGGAAAUCACACACGUCUCAUCUGCUGUAGGUGUACAGACUACCUCAAGAGGUAAACCUGGUGUCCUAUAGUCCUGCAUCCACAGUCUUUUUUGCAUUAGCGUUAGCACACACACACUGGAAUGUAUAUUCUCCCUCCCCCCGAAUAACCUCUUGACCUGAUCCUUGCUGUAGACACCAACUCCUAUUGCAAAUUGGAUGCUGCUUUAAAUGUGAAAACAAUUGUUCAAAAAGCUAUAAAAACCUGAAUGAAAGCUAAAGCUGAAUUUAUAAGCCUUGUUGCAUAUGAGCCAAAAGUGCAAAAUGCUCUAUAUAAUGAACUAACCUGCCACUCAUAUAAAUAUAAAUAUAUAUAAAUAUAUUAAAAUCAGACUGUUCUACAAAAUUGUGUAUUUGUAUUUUUGUGUACGUACAAUUUUCUGCUAAGCAGAAGGAGGAUGUAGUAUAGGAUGAUGUGAGAAGAGAUUUUGUUUAAUCAUAUUUCUUUGUUACUUAUUUUUGUUAACAUCCAGAUGCCUGUCUUUGUCUUUAUAUGUGUAUGACACUGUUUAAAAGCUGCAGUAUCUCUCUCCCAUCAAGUAGAUAUUAUCGGAUAUUUUAAACCCUUUCGGCACUGAAAGCAUUUGAUAAUGCAGGCACUGUCAUCCCCUGCAAUAUGCCUACGUCAAUUAUUUGAACAAGGGCUACUUGCCCAUAUUAAAGGGUACAUACUCCACAGUGGCUAUGCGAAAUGCUGUAGGAAGAGAAUAUAUCUUGGAGGAAAUCUCAUUCUGCCAUUACUCCCAAUGGAGGCAGGAACUGUUGUGGAAUCUAGCAGGGAUAGAGAGCUUUCCAAGCAGGAGUCCUCCAGCCACGCUCCAUGGACAGCCACUGAAUCUUUCCUGGUGGCCCUCAGCCCUGAAGUAUUUGAGAUCCAACUAGUGCAGGGCUGGAAGGGAAGAUGACCAAUGAGAGGAUCCUUCUGUUAGGAAGUUGCUUUCAGGCUACAAAAAGUUAGAGAAAUAAAAUCUUACACCACAAGUGAGUGAACCUCAGAAAGCAACAACAAAUAGUCAUCUGAGGAAUAGGCCAUAUGGGAGCUCAGCGAGAGCCAGCCUUUGCUCUCCAUUGGCACAUGCUGUCGUAGUCUAUUCUUGUUCCCGGGGAAGGCGUGUCUGCUACAUCUUAUGUGGGAACUGCCUCCACUUUACUUUUAAAAAAAGAAAAGUACUAAAUGUUCUGUUAAUCACCCCACACACUACGGUUGCCCUAUUGUAAGAUGGUUUGGACCAUUGCUGUAAGGAUACUUUAGUACAUCUUAUUAAAUAAGGGCCCCAAACCUCCAUUUAUCGCUUGAUACGCUUGCAACACAGAAAUAAUAUUCUGAAAGCGCCUUUUCAAAAUUGCUGAAUAUCUCCAAUACAUUGCAGGAGCGUGCGCCAUGAUUUUCAUUGUUUUGGAUCUCUCAGCUACAGUUUAAAAGGAAAAACAAGUAAUCUUUCCCUUUUGGGUGUGGUGGGAAAGUUAUUUAUAAAGUGUAACGUUGAUAGCUGUACAGGGAGACUGAAAUGUCAAAGCAGAGCUGGGUAAAACAGCAUGCAGGACAUAUGGAAGGGAAAGUGUGGUCUUGUUGCUAAAGGACAGGUCUAGGAGUCAGUUGAUCUGGGUUCUAACUCCAGUUCUGCCACAGACUUUCUUGUGUGGCCUUCAGACAAAUCUUUCUGUGCCUCAGUUUCUCCAUUUGCAAAAUGGGGAUAAUAAUACUUACGUAACUUUUAUAAAGUGCUUUGAGAUCCUUAGAUGGAAGGCACAAUAAAAGUGCAAAGUAUUAUUAGGUUUUUCCUUUGUGCCCUUCAUAUAUUUUUUUAAAAAGUAACAUUUAAUUUUGGAAUUAGUUCUUCCACAAGGAGAAUGAUACUGCAUCUUUAUACGUAGGGCUCAUAUUUAUAACAAUGUGUAAUGACUGUAGCAAAAGUCCUUGUUUCUGUAUGUGAAUGGACAGAGAAACAAGUGCUCUAUUGUAUUGAUUAAAAUAGUUAAAAUGAGUCCUGUAUCAUUGUAUCUCCUAUUCUGGAUUAGUGCCUUUUGGACAGUAGACUGUUCUGUAAUUAAAAUGUAGUAUACCUGCUUUUUUGUACAGUUUUGUUUUAAUAAAACUUUUUUUUAA